UUUCAAGUCUACAUGGUGGUAGCUGAUUACAACCAGACAUCUACAGACCCAGAAGCCUUACGAUUGGUAGAAGGUCAGUAUGUAGAGGUCAUUGACAAGCAGCGUGCCGACUCGUGGUUGGUGCGUACCAAACCAUCAAAAACAACGCCAUCAAAACAGGGAUGGGUACCAUCGGCUUACUUUGAC